CCUCUCUCCCCAUUUCCCUUUCUUCUGGACCUUCCUCCUGCAAUACGGCUGCUCCCCAUAUUCUUUCCUUCCUCGUGCCUGUUUCUUUGGUCGAAAAUGCGCGAGAUUCUUCACAUCCAGGGAGGCCAGUGCGGCAACCAAAUCGGUGCCAAGUUCUGGGAGGUGGUCUGUACCGAGCACGGCAUCGACGCCACCGGAGGGUACCAUGGCAGCUCCGAUCUCCAGCUCGAGAGGGUCAAUGUCUACUACAAUGAGGCGAGCUGUGGGCGGUUCGUCCCUCGAGCCGUGCUCAUGGAUCUGGAGCCUGGCACAAUGGACAGCAUCCGGUCCGGGCCGUACGGCCAGAUCUUCCGCCCCGACAACUUUGUCUUUGGGCAGUCUGGUGCGGGGAACAACUGGGCUAAGGGCCACUACACCGAAGGUGCCGAGCUGAUUGAUUCGGUGCUCGAUGUGGUCCGCAAGGAAGCAGAGAAUUGCGAUUGCUUGCAGGGUUUCCAGGUUUGCCACUCCCUGGGAGGGGGAACAGGGUCGGGCAUGGGGACACUUCUGAUAUCUAAGAUCAGGGAAGAGUACCCGGAUCGAAUGAUGAUGACCUUCUCCGUCUUCCCCUCUCCUAAGGUCUCCGACACCGUCGUCGAGCCCUACAACGCCACCCUAUCUGUGCACCAGCUGGUGGAGAACGCUGAUGAAUGCAUGGUCCUCGACAACGAAGCUCUCUACGACAUCUGCUUCAGAACUCUCAAGCUCACGACCCCCAGCUUUGGAGACUUGAACCAUCUGAUCUCGGCAACCAUGUCGGGAGUAACAUGCUGCCUGAGGUUCCCUGGUCAGCUCAACUCCGACCUCCGAAAGCUGGCCGUCAACCUUAUCCCCUUCCCACGGCUUCACUUCUUCAUGGUGGGUUUUGCUCCGCUAACCUCCCGUGGGUCACAGCAGUACCGUGCUCUCACGGUCCCUGAGCUGACCCAGCAGAUGUGGGAUGCCAAGAACAUGAUGUGUGCCGCUGACCCACGCCAUGGGAGGUACCUUACAGCAUCGGCCAUGUUUCGCGGUAAGAUGAGCACAAAGGAAGUGGACGAGCAGAUGAUCAACGUGCAGAACAAGAACUCUUCCUACUUUGUGGAGUGGAUCCCCAACAAUGUGAAGUCCACCGUGUGUGAUAUUCCACCUACCGGCUUGAAGAUGGCAUCGACCUUUAUUGGGAAUUCAACAUCGAUUCAGGAUAUGUUCCGAAGGGUGAGCGAGCAAUUCACUGCCAUGUUCAGGAGGAAGGCUUUCUUGCACUGGUAUACAGGGGAAGGGAUGGACGAGAUGGAGUUCACAGAGGCUGAGAGUAAUAUGAAUGAUCUGGUUUCGGAGUACCAGCAGUACCAAGAUGCAACUGCUGAUGAGGAGGAAUACUAUGAGGAGGAAGAAGAAGAGGGUCAGGAGAUGUGAUCGGGGCCCAACUGCUGGUUUCGGCGGACUGCAACUUCCAGUUGCCAGAUUUAGACACCCAGAUGGAAGGGCAACCGACUCUCUCUUUUCUUCUCCCCGUACGGAUUUCUACGGUUGGGCUUCACUGCUGUUAUAAACUGAUGUUGAAAAUAUAUAUUGAUUUUGAGAUAUGAAUAUUAUUAAUUUCUUGUGUGUCAAGAUUGUGUCUUUGGCGCCAUGUUUAUGAAGGUAUUUGCAUGGAACA